CCUCGCAGUGAGGAACUCAUACUCGGUAGGAAUUGUAGCGGUCAUGUCACGCUAUCAAACUGGCAUUGGGGAUAACGUCCCCUCUCUUAUGGACCUGACCAGCGUUAUUACAGCCUUUGCAGAUGAUCUCAUCAAGUUGAUAUUUGGUGGGAUGAACACCUCCUUUGAGGUGGCAGCAACGCUCCAGGAAAAUGAUUUGGACGCGUACGACCCGAGUACGCGAAGCUGGGCAGGCAGCGGCGGGUUGCGGUAUCGCGUUCCGCUUGACGCCAUCCCUAGCGAGCGACACGCACGUAGCAAGAUACGCAACAUUAAAAUUCUCAUGGAUAACUGCCGGCGCAUCUGCAUGCAGGAUGAACUGCCAUCAACUAGAGAAGAGAGAAGUUUCUGGGCAUCCUAUCGCUUUAUGAAGUACCAAAUGUUCCUGCAACCGUUCUGUAUCGUUGCACCGCCCCUGUACGUGUUCUCUAAGAUGUUCCACGAACGAUUACCAUCAAUCUUCAAAGGACGAACGGUGCCGUUUGUGUUCGCAAUUGCGAUUGCGGAUCAGUGGGCGGAAAUCACUUACCCUGCGCACCAGCUCCUUUCUACUGCCCUCAAAGUCAAGACACCUAUGGGGGACGCCGCCCGUGCGGAUUGGGCACGACUUCAGCCUGUUGAUAUCCCGUUAUACCUUUACACCGCCUAUCAAAUACAUCACUUCUUUGAUACAAUCCCCGUUGAGUACCAGUUUGGUGGAAAUAUUGCUUUGUUGUGCAACUGACGGAAGAUCAACAAGUGCGAAGUAUCGAGAACCAGCAUCUGGGUUGUGUUGUUACACAUACACUUAUCUCAUGCCACUCCACCUCUCGAUGUCUCUUUAAUUUACCUUUGAAUAUUUGCCUUCCUGAGCGGAUGCUUCGGAUCUGAUAAAAUCCGGUCGAUGAGUCGUAUGGCUUCUCUACUAAACCUUCUGAAAGUAUAUCAGAAAAUGGUGAGCAAAGGAGGGACUCUGAAGAAAAGUGUCGACGCAAUCGAAUUGGAUCUUUUUAGGGCCUUAGCGCUAUGCCCUUGCAGCAGAAAGUAUAGCCAGUUUAUUUUUUAUUUUCCCCAA